AUGCACAGUGAGCAAAGGGAAGAAAUUUGCCAAGCACUGGGAGAGAUGGUUGAGGCAAAGCAAGGAAAAUACUUGGGACUUCCAAUGGUGAUUUCCAGAACUAAAGAUCAGAUCUUUGGCUUUGUAAGAGAAAACAUCAAAAGAAGACUUCAAAACUGGAAAAACAAAUUCCUCAGCUCUGCAGGGAAAGAGGUAAUGCUGAAGGCAGUUGCUAUGGCCAUACCAACGUACGUCAUGUCAUGUUUCAAGCUGCCUAAAAAACUCUGCAAAGAUAUAAGUGCUUUGAUGGCUAACUUUUGGCGGGGAGAAACAAAUGGCAGAAACAAAAUGCACUGGAUUUCUUGGGAAAGAAUGACACGGAAGAGAAAUGAAGGAGGUCUUAGUUUCAAGGACCUUGAAGCCUUCAAUAAAGCAUUGUUAGGGAAGCAGAUAUGGAGGAUCCUUACCAAGCCAAACCUUCUUGUUAGUAAGGUGUUGAAAGCUAAAUACUUCCCUAAGGAGUCCAUUCUACAUUGUAUCCCCCCAAAAAUGCCUCCUGGAUAUGGCAAGGAUUAA